AUGUUCAAUCGGAGCAACCUCCCCUCUGUACCGAGUCCCUUUGGGAACAGAUCCGACAGUGGACGCCCCUCACCCCAGGGAUAUUCGAACCCCAAUCAAGCACCGCCACGGUAUGAUUAUGGCCACGGCCUUGCCCCAAGACAAAGCGCAGGGCGAGCCCGCGACGACGAUGUACCUAUGACUGAUGCAUAUAAUGAUCCAAGGGGAUAUGGAGGUCAACCACCCGCGGCAGGAAGGCCGUCUCAGCAGAUGCCAGCACGGCCCCCAGUCGGCGGACGGCCAGGUGGCGGCGUAGCGGGAGGACAGACCUGGACACUUCAUCCCAGCAAAAGCCCGAACGACAACUUCACAUUCGGCAAUCUCGUCGCCGUAUCACCACAGGACAUUCCGCCUUCCCGAGACGGCGCCGACGUCCUCCUCCUGAUCAAUGACCUCUACGUUCUCUCCGGCCGCCCUCUCGAGGGCUUCCCUCCCGGAUAUAUUAGCAUGUCGGACCCUCAACGCACAUGGGCUAGUGUCGGAAUGCGCGAUGCUGUCAAAGUGCAGCUUUAUGACCCAUUCAGCCAGGGAGGCCAAGCUUACCUGGGAUCAGCGGACAUUGAAGUCAGCUUUGCGUCUACGAAGAAGCGAACGGAAGCGCCGUAUGAUCAGGAAGAUCUCACAAACGCCGUGAUCAGGAACUUCGAAAAUCAAUUGUUCGCUCCCGGACAAAGGAUCCUUAUGGACCACAAGAGCAUCCCGCUCUUGUUGCUGGUGAAGACUGUUCAACGAGUUGAUUUAACCUCGGAGAAGGUCGAUCUGAGCUCGGGGGAGAUUGAGACCCAUGCGACAGCUCGAGGAAUCAUUACUCGGCACACCCAGCUCAACUUCUUCAAGGACGCCCAAACUGGAAUCAAUGUGAAGCCAUCCAAUCGCCGCCCAGCUGCAAACUCGAUCAUCCAGCCCGGUUUCAAAUUCGAGGACAUGGGUAUUGGUGGUCUGGAUUCUGAGUUUAGCACCAUCUUCCGUCGUGCUUUUGCUUCCCGUAUCUUCCCUCCCGGCCUUGUCGAGAAAUUGGGUAUCCAGCACGUCAAGGGCCUUCUGCUUUAUGGACCUCCGGGUACUGGUAAAACCUUGAUUGCCCGCCAAAUUGGAAAAAUGCUCAACGCAAGGGAACCAAAGAUUAUCAACGGUCCAGAAGUUCUGAACAAGUACGUCGGUCAGUCAGAAGAAAACAUUCGAAAGAUGUUCGCCGAUGCCGAGAAGGAAUAUAAGGAGAAGGGUGAUGAAAGUGGUCUGCACAUCAUCAUCUUUGACGAGCUGGACGCUGUUUGUAAGCAGCGUGGAAGUGGCGGAGGUGGUAGUACUGGCGUGGGCGACAGUGUUGUUAACCAGCUUUUGUCGAAGCUGGAUGGUGUCGAUCAACUCAACAACAUUCUGCUUAUUGGUAUGACCAACCGCAAGGACAUGAUUGAUGAGGCGUUGCUUCGUCCUGGUCGUCUGGAGGUGCACAUGGAAAUCUCGCUGCCCGAUGAGAAGGGCCGCAGUCAGAUUCUCAAGAUCCACACGGAAAAGAUGCGAACUAACAAUGUCAUGGACACUGAUGUUGACCUGGAAGAGCUUGCUCACAUGACCAAGAACUUUUCGGGUGCCGAGAUUGCUGGUUUGGUCAAGUCAGCCUCCUCGUUCGCCUUCUCGCGCCAUGUCAAGGUUGGAACGAUGGCCAGCAUCAACGAAGAUGUGGUGAACAUGAAGGUCAAUCGAUCUGAUUUCCAUCACGCUCUUGACGAAGUGAAGCCAGCCUUUGGUGUCUCCGAAGAGGAACUGUCCAGCCGCAUCCAAUACGGCGUGAUUCACUACUCGAACACCAUCAACGAGAUCUUGCGGGAAGGUGAAUUGUUUGUGAAGCAGGUUGGUCAGGCAGAGUCUACACCCCUGUUCUCUGUCCUGCUCCACGGUCCUCCUGGAAGUGGCAAGACAGCCUUGGCAGCUCGCAUGGCCAUUGACUCUGGCUUCCCCUUCAUCAAGUUGAUCAGCCCCGAGGAUAUGGUUGGCUUCAACGAGGCUGCUAAGAUUUCACACAUCAGCCGCAUCUUUGACAGUGCCUAUAAAAGUCGCACCAGUAUUGUCGUCGUUGACAAUAUCGAGCGCAUAAUUGACUGGGUUCCCAUCGGCCCCCGCUUCAGCAAUAACGUGCUACAGGCCCUCAUGGUGUUCCUCCGGAAGCCACCAACUCAAGGCCGUCGCCUGCUGAUCUUGGCCACGACCACCGAACGUGCUCUGAUGAAACAAUUGGACAUUUAUAACUCGUUCAACUCGGAUAUUCUGGUUCCUAACGUGCUAUCGUUUGGUGAGCUGCGGUUUGUCAUGGAAAAGUCCGGUGCUUUCGAUGCCCAAGAGAUUGCUCAGGCCCUCGAGGGAGUCGGCGGUCUGGCGGAUGACGGCCGUCUCAGUGUGGGUAUCAAGAAGGUUCUUCUUGGUAUCGAGACUGCCAAGCAAGAUGUGGACAAGGUGGGCCGUUUUGUCCGUGUGAUUAAUCGGGCUAUUGAGGAAGAGCAGACGUUUGCUUAG